GAUCCACGAUGUUUGCAGUAAUAGAAUUCAAAGAAGCAGAUGGUGGUGGGCUCUCACUAGUUAAUUCCCAGUGGCUUACUCCCAGAAAACAAGAGGUAUUCUGGCCGCCUAUAAAAAAUAGUUCAAAUUUUAGCAAGGUAUUGCGUAGAGUCGAACAGGACAUAGACCCCGAUAAAUGGAAAUUAUUUGGAGUAGAAAAAGUUUUCUAUGAAACUGAGGACUUUGAUAAAGCUAAAGAAAAAUUGAGGCAAGCCGAGGUAACUUCUGAUCUUCACACAGAUCUAGAUGAGGACCCUGAAGAGAAGAGAAGACUUAAAAGAAAAAUAAUUAAAAAAAAAGUUUUCUCUGAUACUGAUGAUGAUGAAAACGAAAAUGAUUGCUCACCCCCAAAAAAGUUGACAACAAAAAAGAAACUGGACCUUAAUCUACCACGUCCCCCACGUAUCCAAUUGAAGCUGAAUAAUAAUUAUUAUACACAAAAAACAGGCCUCUCUCAAAACACGGCAGAGGAAGAAGAAGAAGCCAGUCAAAUAGAAUCAGAUGUCGAUGAUGGGGGCGAUACAAGCAUGAAUAUUUCAGAGCAGAAUUAUAGAGUACGUCUGUCCACACCAAAAUCUUCUACUUCCACAGGACAUUCUUCUGUUGUACACGACGUUUCACAACGUUCGACACCAUGCACUGAUCCAAGCUCAGUGGAUUUUGAUAACAAUCUCCGUGAUAUGCCCGCAUUCAAGACGCUUCUAGAAAAUGUUUUGAAAGUUAAGGCACAAAACAGACAAAUUUUGAGUAUUCUUAAAAAAUCUACUCCUACACAAAUUGUUGGUUUGCCUGAAAGUCUACCUGUCAACUUGCCAGUUUCUGAACUAGAAGAUUUAGCGAAACUGGAAAGCUUCCUUGAAGAGGAAGAACAUCUUUGUCACUUUAAAUCCUAUUGCCUAUCCAUAUCAAACUCCAAAGAUUUAGUCCAGAAGACUAAUAGACUUCUCCGAAGUAUUAUCUCUGACACCGUGGCCAAGAAAUAUAAUUACUUUGGAAACAACAGAAACAAGUCCACCAAGGAAGCUGAAAAAAGCCCAUUUUGUAGACUUCAUCUGAACAAAGUCAUAAUAGAUGCUGUAAAGCACCAAUGUGAUUUUUCAACUGAGCAAGUCGAAAGUGCAAUAAAAAAUUGGCUGAAGCAUGCUCCAUCUCGGAAAGUGAAUAAGCCCUAAUUAAGUUUUAUUUUAUUUUAUUCUUGUUUGGUUAUUCUAAGGUUGAAAAAUGCCAAAGUUUUAUAAAGAAAUAGUAGGAGAUCGUCAGAUAUUUAGGAGGGUGGCUAAAGAACUCAAUGAUACAAUGAAUAUUCUCAAGAUAAACAAAAAUUAUUCCACUGAAGCGUGUAAUAUUUCAAAAAAAUCGGAUACUGAUAUAAAUAGCUCUGAUAUCACGGACUGUGAUACUUCGACAUUUACUAAUAUUAUUAAGCUCAACAGCAGCAGUAAUGACAAACUUAAUGAUACUGAACCUGAACCCUCGCCCGAACCCCCAACUGGACCUGAACCUUCGCCUGAACCCCCAACUGAACCAAACUUAGACCUUCUUCUGGAACUAAGUUAUAGUUCAAGUGAUGAUAGUCAUAAGUCUUCCAAAGAAAUAACAGACAAUUCCAGUUUAAAAAAUAAACUACAAAAGUGGGCAAUUAGUAAUAAAAUAACUCAUAGUUCCUUAACUGAAUUGCUCCAUGUGUUAUCUCCACACCACCCAGAAUUGCCUCUUUCUUCUAAAACUCUUUUAAAUACUCCAACUUCUAUUAGCAAUAAAAAAAUAUUACAUUCUGGAGUUUAUGCUCACUUUGGUUUAAAAACAUACCUAGAAAAAAUUAUAUUGAAAAACAGUGAACUAUUAACAAACACAAUUCAAAUAUCAUUUAAUAUUGAUGGUCUACCACUAUAUAAAAGUUCAGCAGUUCAGUUUUGGCCAAUUUUGGGAUUAAUUGUUAGUAGUAGUAUAAAACUCAAACCUUUUGCAAUUGGAGUUUUUUGUGGAAAAAGCAAACCUAGCCCACUAUUUGAUUAUCUUAUUGACUUUAUAAAUGAUCUAAAUUUAUUACUAGAAGAGGGUUUAAUAAUUCAAAACAAAAAAUAUAGAGUCAUUGUCCAUAGUUUUAUUUGCGACGCACCAGCUCGUGCUUUAGUUAAAUCUGUGAAAUCACACAAUGGGUAUUCAGGGUGUGAUAAAUGUAUUGAAGAAGGGGACUACUUCAAAAACAGGAUAAUUUUCAAUAACACAUUAGCCACUAGGAGAUCAGAUUAUUCAUUUUCAAAAAAGACAGAUCAAAAUCAUCACACAGGACUUUCACCAUUAGAAAAUUUGAAUAUUGGGAUGGUUUCCAAAUUUCCCAUUGACCCCAUGCAUUGUAUAUACUUAGGUGUUAUGAAGAAACUUCUUCUUACUUGGACUAGUGGUGAUUUGCGAGUUCGUUUCAGCAGCAGAGUUGUUUCAAGUAUAUCAGAAAAAUUACUUUUUUCUAGACAAUUUGUUGUUUCUGAGUUCAACAGAAAACCUAGAAGCAUCUCAGCUGACCUUGCUCGUUUUAAAGCAACAGAGUUCCGAACGUUUCUAAUUUAUCUAGGAAUCCUAGUUCUGAAAGAUAUUGAUAAGGCUAUAUAUGAGCACUUUCUUUUAUUGCAUUAUUCUGUAAGCAUUUUAUCUUCUAAGCGACAUUUGGCAAAUAUUGGCUGUGAUGUUGCGAGUAAUUUACUGAACUGUUUUGUAUCUCAUGCAAAAGAUUUAUAUGGAUUAGAAUUUUUGGUUUAUAAUGUCCAUGUGUUAUGCCAUUUAAGUGAAGAAGUUGAGUUAUUUGGUCCCUUAGAAACAAUUUCUGCUUUUCCAUUUGAAAGCUUCUUGGGAGAAAUUAAAAAAACAGUGAAAUCACCCAACAAACCUUUAGAGCAGCUAUAUUGUCGAUUAACAGAAGCUAAUAAUAUUUCCCUAGGUAAUAACUUGGAUGUUUCUAGGAAAUUGGAAAUGGAACAUUUUUGUGGUCCACUAAUGGAUGCGCGUUCUUGUGUUAAACAGUAUAAGAAGCUGUAUCAUAACAAUUUUGUAUACACAACAUCAGCAUAUUCUGUGGCUAAUUGUUAUUGUCUUAAUACUGGAAAAAACGUUAUUAAAAUUAAUAAUAUUAUAGUUGACAACACAAAUGAAAUUUUUGUAGUUGGUCAAAAGUUCACUCAGUACGAAUCUUUUUACAAUUACCCAUUUGAAUCAAAAUCUAUUGACAUAUGCAUUGUAACGGAGCUACACCAAAAUAUGGAAGUUUUCCCAAUCGAUUCUAUAAUUUCAAAAUGUAUGUUAUUUCCUCUCAACACUCCCCUCAACAGUGAGUGGUUAUCGCUUCCCCUCAUACAUUAAAUACCUUCUAUUUCAAGCAUCUUUAUACAGGGUGGUCAUUUUGAUACUCACCAGCCCUAUUAUCUCGAAGUUGAAACGACUAACUAUAAUUUGGAGGGGGAUGAGUUUUUUAUGCAAAAAUUUACUUCCCCCUUUUAACCCUCUAAAUUUAUUUUCGCUCAUAAAAUAUCCAUUCUUAAAAACAAUGUAAUAGAACUUGUUAUCGGUGCAAGUAAAUUGUAAAUUCACAAAAUUUAGUACCAAAAUGUAUGCAAGUAAAAACCUCAAUUAUCGUCACUUGCCUUUCCAUUUAGAACUUUUGAGGGGAUUGCUAUAUGGGCUUAAAGGGCGGAAGUAAAUUUUGCAUAAAAAACUUAUCCCCCUCCAAGUUAUAGUUGACGCGUUUCCGAUUUUUUUGCGAAAGCAAGAUAAUAGCAAAGAGUGGUGAAGCUUUAAAAUUUACUCCCUGUCAACCUAUAUCAAAUGUAUUUCAUUUUCCUAAGUCAACGAAAAAUAGAUGAGAAUGUCAGUCUUUUAGCCACCUCUUGAAUUUCCUACUGUUUUUUUAUUGAUACAUUAUAGUACAUCUAGGUCCUAUCGUACUGUUAGAUAAUAGAAGAUUAUUUUUUGUUUUUUUUUUUAGAGAUUUAUUUCGUUUAAAAUAAACUGGUACCAAGGCCUUCAUGAUAAUAAUAUAUCAGAAAUAAAUUAUUAUAACAUUCAACCAAGUAUAGGUAGUACAAGGUUCCUACGUAAGAUUGUAUGAUUGAUUCUAUGAUUCUUAGUGUUUAAUUUUUUUCUGGUACCUACUUGUAUUGUAUUCCAGUUUGAAUAAAAAUUUUACUUACAAAACUGAAAAAAAGGAUGCAUUUAUUUUUCGAAUCCAAAUCGAUGAAACCCAAUAUAACCCAUCAAAAAAAAAAAAAAAAAAACCUGUAUUAAGACGUCUAUAAGGCGUCCAUUUGACGUUGAUUAUACGUCACUUCUUCGUCACUAGACAACGUCGCUUCUACGUCACUAGACAACGUCACUUCUACUAUGACAUUGUGACGUCUAAGCGACGUAUAUUGGAACGUAGAUUAGACAUACCUCGACGUCACUAAAUGACGUUGAAUGAACGUGGAAUUGACGUAAG